CUGGUCGGAUACUAAGCUGGUCAUCCCUCAAGUCUGUAUGUGUCCGACCGCGCAUCGUAAAGCGGCUGUUUCCACAAAGUUGUUCGUACACUUUUAUUAUACCGCGUAUGUGAGCCGCCGUGGGAUUUCCACCGUAAUACCACAAGUUACACGAAUUUAAAACAACGCGCGGCAUUAACAUCUUCCCGAGUACGCUUGUUACAAUCUAAAAUUGUUAAGAUUUAUGUAAUGCCUUUGAAGAACAUGCCUUGAAAAUAUUUUAAGGGAUGCUGUUAAUGUUUUAAUACCUUAAACAAAAUAAAGACAAACAUGGAUAUACAGAAGACUUUUUGAUUCUGAGGAUAGAGUUCACAGCCACAUAUCAGAAUAAAAAAAAAUCUGAUAUCGAAAACCAAACUGAGAGUAUCCUGUUUGUUAAUUAAUUUCAAACAUACGAACACUAGCAAAGAAAUCAAAACUCGUCUACAACUCGACACCAAACUAUUCUGCUAAUAGGCAAUCAGUAAAAGAAAGAAUGGGGAAUAAAUAAAGUGGCCUUUAAUCAAGGGACCGAUAUAGUAACUUUAUCUUGGCAGUUUGCGCGCCAACUUCGCCUUUAAUGAGCCGGCUGAGGGAUGCUCAUUGGAGCUGGCUACACUGCACGCCGCGAUUAAGGACGUUAGAACAAUUGACGAUGUCUUUAAGGUCGAAAGUGCUUCAUUUGGUUUCAUUGUCAUGUGAAUAAAUAAAGGUGUAAGGAUUGUAGGCGGUGAAUGAUCACCUGACCUAAAUGUUCUGUUACGUUUUGACAUCAAAUAACGUAGUAUCACGCCUUUCAGCCCCCGCAGAGGUAAGCAGAGGAAAGCACUUGUAUACGUGUGCCUUAUUUAUAACACUGACUUUUCACUAGAUAUAGUCCAGACUCCAUACUAUUACGUAUUUGCAAACACCAAAUACCAAUUAUAGUUCUUACCCUACCCAGAAAUUCAACCCAAUCAAGAAGGGGGACAACUAGUGAUUAAAAAAAUAUUAAUUUGAUAAACAGAGUAACAGAACAGAAGAGAAACCCAAACAGUUUCUGUUCCAUAAAUAAAAACGGAAUAAUAAACAUAAGGUAUACAAACUCAUAAUAAAAAACUUCAUUUCGUAAGUUCAUUCUAUUAAAAAGAAAAAUUGGUAUUUCCACGGUUUAUAGCUGUUUUUUUACAAACUGUCAUCAUCUUCACCUCUCUUUCUUUCUUAUGUGCAUUAUUACUGCUUUCAUUCAUGUUUGACAUACAAACACGCGUGACUGGAAAACUUCGAUAGUGAUGUAUAGUUGAGAAAAUCCCUGUAAAUAUCAGGUAAUGACACGUGCAGAACCGAGACAGAAAUCGAUAAUGAAUAUCUGUCACACUGUCUCAAGAACUAUUGAAUUGUAAUCACAAACUCAUCGAAUUCCCCUAUACUCGUUUUAUACUCUUUUGCAUCAAACAUCUGUCAUCACAUCACUAUUUACAUAAACGUCUUUGGUUAUUUAAUCUUGUCUUUAUUUAAUAUUUUGGUACCAAAAAUGAUUGUGAAGUACUUUAAUUUCAAAACUUUAUUUACAAAAAUUUUAAAUCGUAAUAAAAUAAUUAAUCGGAGAUCAUUUAAAUAUUUUAUCGGUAUUGUGAUUUUAGGUAUCAUUUAUAACAACGUGGUCAAAGUUUUUACGGAUUUAUACAAAUACCAUUUAGAAAAACAGUUUAAUUCGUCAAUAAAAUAUAUAUUGGUAUGGACGCCGCUUUCUGAAGAACCAAUUUGUUACUUGGGUGAAGGUAGAAAGGCGUUCAUUGAGAGAGGUUGCCCUCAUACAAACUGCUAUGUGACGGAGAACAGGAAGUUGCUGCAAAACAUCACAGAGUUUCAUGCGAUAGUAUUUCAUUUAAAAGAUAUGAGACCAGUGACGUUUGUCCGCCAUUCAUUCAAGAAGUGGCCCUUCCCGCGGCUCCGCAAGCCACACCAGAAAUACAUAUUCACUAGCAAGGAGUCCGACAAGUACUAUCCGUUAUGUUACAAGAAGUUCCACAACUUUUUCAAUUGGACGUGGACAUACAAAUUGAAUUCUGAUCUGAGCUUCAAUUAUAUAUUUGUGUGGGAUAAGGAUGGCAAUGUUAUAGGACCAAAGCAAGAAAUGCAUUGGAUGAAGGCGGAGGACAUGUUGCCGAUAAAUGAUACAUUGAAGGAAAUAUUGAAUACGAAGACAAUAGCAGCUGCGUGGUUUGUAUCGAAUUGUCGUGCUCCAAACAGAAGAUCUAAGAUUGCCAGAAAACUGCAAAUUGAACUGCAAAAGUAUGAUAUGCGUUUGGACGUGUUUGGUGCUUGUGGAAAGAUGAAGUGUCCAAGAUCCGAUAUGGAUGUAUGCUUACGCAAACUACGAAAUGAUUACUAUUUCUACCUGGCGUUUGAGAAUUCGUUCUCAGUAGACUAUGUGUCGGAAAAGUUAUUGUGGGCACUCAACAAUUACGUAGUACCGGUGGUGUACGGCGGGGCAAACUACACGAGGUUCAUGCCAGAUGGAAUAUAUUUGUCUGCGAUGAACGUGUCAGUCGAAGAAUUAGCGAAGAAAAUGGUGAACAUUAUACGUGACAAAAGUGCAUAUUACGAAUUCUUCAAAUGGCAUAAUCACUAUUCAUUUCACAGCGAAUGGGAUUCCGUGGAAACUGACCACUAUUGCAGAUUCUGUACAGCACUUAGUAAUGAAGAAAAAUUUAAAGAAACUAGUAUUUAUAAGGAUAUCGGUAAAUGGUGGAGUCCUCAUGUAUGUCGGUAGCUAAGAUCAUGGCGUAAUCAAAUGUUUAAUCUACACGUAUGUCGUCCCUACACAUCAUUAUUACAAAACUAAAGAAUUCCUUCAUUGGAACACUACUUCUAGAAAAAAAAAACAUUCAGACAUUUUAUACAUAUUUUUUUUACAUUUUGUUAAAGAAUAUGACCAUGUUUUUAAUUAAUUUCAAUACUUUUUAAAUCAGUUUAUUAUAAAGAUGACUUCGAAGUCGUUCAGCCUACGAGUUGAGAGUUCAACUAAUGGACAGGAAAUCAAUAAUUUUGUAGCAAAUGUUGAAAUAUUCAAAUAUACUUUUUUUUUCCUACGACUUUUCUAUAUAAUAUUACUCGGUACUACCCAGUAGUAGUUGUUGUAAAUAUUUAAUCAUACUCUAACUAAAGCUAGGUGUAGUUAUUAUUAUAAUCGUAGCAAUCUAAUAUUAAAGAAAAUAACUGUGUAGACUGUGCCCCACUAAAAUGAAAGUUUCAAAUAAGAUAACUAUACGAUAGAAUCAAACAGAAUACUUACUUGCAAUAGUCUUAUUUACUUAUCGACUUAAUAUUAUUCAUGUUCAAAGACCUAAAGAAAAGAUUGAAUCUAAAUUGAAAGUCAAAUCAAAAUUCAAUUAGACGUUGCCUUAAAAUAUAUGCGAGUUCAAGAGAUGAGUCGGUACAUUAAUAUGAUUACAAGCCAAAACUUAUUUUCUUAAUAUCCAACAAGCCAUUUGUAAGGCUGUCAUCAAGAGGUCAUUAGCGCAAUGAAAACAAAUGAAUAAUGUAAGCGAAAACAAAGAAGCUACAGGAUUAGCUGCAACAGUCGCCGCUCAUUUACAUAAUAAAUUCGAAAAUAUAGCAGACAGCCAGCCGCCAAGGGAAGUUUUAACUGAAUCGGUAACCAACGAAAAAGGAGAAUUUGCUAAAACAUUUUGGUGCAGUCCAUACACUGGUUAUGGUUUUAAUAUUUUAUGUAGAAAGGUAUUGUUUAUAAUGAUUGUAUUAUAAAUAGUAAUCAGCUAUUCACAGAAGACAUUUAACUUCAAAAGCAUAGCACAAAAAAUGUUUAAAUUAAACACAAAUUAUUGCAUUAAGAAAAUUUUCAGGUACCUCAAACGAUUAUGGCAUCAUUUGAACGUCCGUAAUAUAUUUGUGAGAUUUAUCGGGAUCGAUUGAAACACUAAGUAAUAAUGAAACAACUAGCUGGCCCGGCAAAAUUCGUACCGCCUCAAACAUGUUGUUCUCAACUUUUGAACCUUCCUGGACUUCCACAAAUAAUAAUUCAAGACCAAAAUUUUCCUAAUCCGUCCAGCCGUUUUCGAGUUUUAGCGAGACUAACGAACAGAAAUUCAUUUUUAUAUAUAGAGAUACAAACCAGACCUAAGACCUAAGAAGUACAAACUAGAACUUUAGUGUUCAUUAUGGAAAAACUUAAAAAGAUCCAAUAUUUAGGCU